GAUCAGAGAGAAAAAUGCUGUUGUAUGGCCAUUAUCGUUCUUUUUAGAUUACAUUCUUUGCAUUUCAACACAUGGGGCCAGAGCCAGCAGAGGCAGUACGGAGUGGACUUGUGUAACAUCGAGUUGAGAUCCCAAUGAUUUCCGUACCGAGUGUUCCACUUCUUCUGUGUAGCGCAACCGUUUUUUUCUUUUAGAGCCACAGUUCCUAGUUUGAUACAUGUAAAGUUGGAGCUGACGUCGGCCGAAGGGUUCACGUAUUUCGUUGGUGACGUUUGUUGGAACACGAUGGACACCUGAAAUCGUGAAUCUUUCCUGGCGGUACGUCCGGCUGCUGUUCUUUGUUUGCGCUGCAAUUACUGAGAGCGCACCGCGAUCAACGCCAGAGAGUACAGGCAGCGCUACGCGAUUGCCAUCAAGUCACUGAUCUUCGGUCGUCCGCAAAGGUUUGUUGCCGGAGCUGUUGCAGUGCCAGUAAUUGUGUCGGAGUCGUCGCUGCCAGCGUUCCAUGCGCUGCGGAAAGGAGGCAAGGUUGAUGCCGAAAUGAUGGCAACAGCACGAUACGAUCCAGGCAGCAGCCAUUGGGGCCGUCCGCCGGUCGACAGCAUGAUCAUUGCUGGUGAUGAUGAGGAUGAGGACGAGGAUGAUGAUGAUAGCGACACUGGUGAUUACAAGAUGACUGGAUCACAUCUUGUUGAUAGAUACAUUAAGACGAUGCAAGCUCGGCAAAGUGGAGAUGGUGCUCCUGUCAGACAUGAAACACCGGCAGAUUUCGAUGCUACGCUGCUCAGCGAAACGUUUGAAGAUGCCACUUCCACUCUUGGCAGCCACUACUCAAUGCGGCGUGAGAGUAGAGACAUGGAGAGAGAAUUCAGGCUCUCUGGUGGUACUCCCAAAGACCUGAGACUCAGUGUGUUGACUGGAGGAAGCCAAACCAGGGGUCGGUACGGCAGCAAUGACAGCAUGCGACGUGGCGGCGAUGGGGAGAGCACACUGCCACGCCGUGCAUCGUCCAUUGACCCUAUUCCCGAGUCGGAAGCCGACCCUCGCGGCUAUGGUGCGGCUGCAGCAGUCAAUCCCGGUGUGGGAAAGGACAGCACGAUAUCGCCACUGAGGUCACCGCCGUCCUGGUACAGUGACGAAGCUGCGCUACCUGCCAGUCUCGCCAAUCAACACCUUGGCCAGUACAAUAGCCUGGCCCGGGGAAAUCGGACAGACGAUGGCAGCUAUCAGAAUAUUUCAAGCAUUCCGUCCCGGUACAAUGAGCAGCCAGAUGGUGCCUCAGCGCAACAUCAAUCGCGGGCCCGACACCCAGUUAAACGGCAGGAAUCUCAGGAACAGGAGGUAGCACUAGCGAUCAGGGGAAUGAACAGCCACUCGCGACAGGCCAUUGCUGCCCAGGCCAUGGACCAUUCGGAAACCCCAUCAGAGGACGGGCAGGAUUAUCAGCCGGCAAGAAACGAGUCGGCGCAGAGCUCUCGGGCAGGUGCGCACUCCCAGCAAUCGCAUCAAUCGCAGUCGCACUCCUCUAGGCAGCAGCAGCAGCCGCAGCCAGGCCGGUCGCCAGCGCAUCAGCUAUCGCUGCACGACGUGGUGGGAUUCCUGAACAGCCGCGAUACGAUGGUGGUUGCCAACGCCGCUGGGUAUCUUCAGCAUGCAUCGUAUAACAAUGACCAUGUCAAAACUCAACUGAGGGAUCUUGGUGCCAUACCAGCCUUGGUCGGUCUCAUUUUGCAGAGAGAUGAAAUGGUGCAGCACGCUGCCGUGGGUGUGCUAAGAAACAUGUCAUACGGUCCUCACAGCGUCCCUAACAAGUAUGCCGUUUGUGAAGCAGGAGGCGUAGAGGUCCUAGUGCGGCUGUUGCGCAAUGCAAGGUCUGAAGAUGUACAAGAGCUGGUGACUGGAGUGCUGUGGAAUCUAUCUUCUUGUGAAGAGCUGAAGAAGCACAUUCUUAGCCAGAGCACUACCGAGCUGGUGCGAUCAGUGAUUGUACCCGCGUCGGGCUGGGAUCCGUCUGGGGAUGAGGACAAUGAAGACAACAACGAUGUGCUUGCGCAGAUCCUCUGGACAUCGGUGUUGCGCAAUGCAACCGGCAUACUGCGCAAUCUCUCGUCGGCCGGACCGGACGCGCGGGACGUUUUGAGGAGCACCGAGGGCUUGGUGGACGCGCUCCUGAGAAUGUUACGAGCAGCCGUUGGUAACAAUGAAGUGGACAACAAGUCGGUGGAGAACUCAAUGUGUGUAUUGAGGAACCUGUCGUUUCGUAUGGAGACUGAGGUUGACGAUCAGCACAGUACGUAUGCGGAGGAGGCCAUGCAGACUAGUAACUGGGAGAAGAGGAUUGUCAAGGAAAGAGCCGACUAUGAGAUAUUUUCGAAGAGGCUGGCCAAGAAGGAGAGCAAGAAGUCAUUCAGCUUCCGUCGGCGUUCAUCCAAGAAACAGACAGGCAGACCUCAGUCUUUGGAUACUGAUGUGAUUGUUGAUGAACCACUGCCAUGGAAUGACGACUGUCCGCCGUUUCCAACGCGAACCAAAGCUAUCAGUGGCAUUGUACAACUGUUCCAGCCAGAGGCAGUCCAGCCCUAUGUUGCACUGGCUGCGGAGGCAUCCAACCCGGAGACACUGGAGGCUGCUGCCGGCGCUAUCCAGAAUCUGACGGCAUGCAACUGGAAGUGGUCAGUUUUCGUCAGAAAUGCUGUCAGAAAGGAGAGGGGACUGCCGAUAUUGUCGGAGCUGCUGACGAUUCCAAGCGAUGCAGUCGUGCGCACGGCAGCCACUGCAUUGAGGAAUCUGGCUGUUGAUCCUAGGAAUCGUGAACUUAUUGGCAAGUUUGCAAUGCGAGACCUAGUGUGGCGUCUUCCUGGAGAGCCGGGUAAUGAGAAUAUGUCUGAGGCUACGGUUGCCGCUGUUCUCUGCUGCAUCCAGGAGCUAGUCACCAAGGACCUACCCAAUGCGAAGUUGCUGACAGAGGCAAAUGGUAUUCCAAUUAUUGUGGAGCUUGCAAAGGCCAGGGAUGCAACGGAGAAGCUUAGUCAGAUUGCCAACAGGACUUGUCUCAUCUUGAGCAACUCCAAGGAGAAUCGUAUUGUCUUGAAGCAAGAGGGAUGGAGCUACGACUAUUUCGUAAGCAGUACACGCGGCCGUGCUGAAUACUCUGGAGACACUGCCACGCUGCAUUCAAUGUCAGAUAGUCGUGCCAACGUUAGCACCGGGGCCAAUGCGGCAGAGGGCUUGAACAACAGGGCAGCAACAGCAGCCCAGACCAAUGCCGAGGCUACAGCGGUGGUGCCAGCGGACCUGCCACAAGCUAGAAAUCAAGCGAACAUAGCUGCACUAAGUAGACAAGCUUCACGAGCAGACCCUGGCCCCGCAAGGCAGCCCGCGUCACGAGCAAAUGCACCGGCGCGACAGAAUUCUCGCUACGCAGCUCCUGCUCGGCAAGCGGCCACUCCGGAUGGGCUUACUCAGCCCCCGCCCGUUCAGCGGCAAGCAUCUGAGUUGGCCAGCGCUCCGGCAAAUAUUGUGCACCGCCAGGAGAGCACCAGGCCCAAGGAAGCAGUGCGCACCCUGAGCCGACCGCAAGGUGACACAGGCAUGAGGCAAGCGGGUCACAAUCAGCCGGCAGUCGUGGAUAUGCAUCUUCAAACGCUCAACAACCAAGCAGAUAAUGUCGUUCGACAACUUAGUGAAGUGGAUGAUAAUUCAUGGGUGUAGCAAGUACACUCUGAAUGCUCUUGAAGCUCGUUUCUCUAUUUUUGUUUUCUAUUUCCUAGCAUUUUGCUUGAUUCCGUUGAGAUAAUAUUUCGAAUUAGAGAUCUAGUGUAAUAUAUAAGGGCUGGUGCUCACAGAUGAGAUGAUCCCUUAGAUGAGUUUACAAAAAAAAACGACUGUUGUCUUUGCAUCAUGGAUAUUGACUUGUAAUAAUUUUGUGUUCUUUGAAAACUUAUUUCUAAUUAAAGUAAUUUUCUAGAAAUGACAGAAUGAGAUCACUGUAAGAGCAGUAUUUUCCUUCACUGGUUAAA